AUGAAAAGUAUGAUAAAAGCAGCAAGGCAGAGGAUUUUGUCUCUGAUAUCUAGCAGCUUUCUUUUGUUUACAUUAACAUCUUUGGACUUCCUUUCUUUUGGAGCGAAGCUAUUGAGCUCUGAGAAGAGCCAUAGUAGGAACAUUGGAAAUGUAAGCGCAACUAUGUUCUUAUACUCUACAAUAGCAGCACAGUUUGUGUUUGGUAUGUUUAGUGGAUUGGGAGGAGUGUGUGCAGGCGCUAUAUUUGAAGCACAAAAGGAUACUCGCAAGAUUCAUAAGCUGUGCUUCAAAAUGUCCUCCUCUCUAGGAGAAGAAAUAUCUACCACAUAUGCCUGUAUAUUUCUUAGUACCGUAUUGUUUGCUCUGUUCUCCUACAUUCUCAAAAGGUUUAGAAUUGGAAACAGCCUCAGAUACAUCCCUGUGUCUGCUCUGUAUGGAGUUAUGGUAUCCAUAGGGAUAAUGUCUAUUGAGUGUGGGUAUGAGGAAGUAUAUACAAUGACAUGGGAAUAUGUUAAUGGGUGUCUUGUGGUAACCAUAGGACUUGCACUUUUGGCAGUGGCCUUGGACAUAAUGUUUCCUGCAUACUUCCUGAUGAUUCCCAUGCUCUCUUUUGGCAUCUUUGCAGCAUUCUAUAUCGUCUUUGCAGUUGCAGGAAAAGAUACAGAAUGGAUGAGAUCUGUGGGGCUGAUUCCAAAGGCCGAGGAUAUCAACCUUGACUCGUUUGCAACUCUGAAGCUCCUCAGGAUGGAAAAUAUAAAUGUGGGGGCCAUCAAGGCCAACUUGAUGAACAUCCUCGGACUAUCUCUAUUCAACUUAGUUCACAUUGCUGUGAAUGUACCAAGUUUUGCAGAAUCUUUUGGUCUGAAAGCAGACUUGAAUAAGGAGCUUGGAGUUCAGUCAGUUGCAAACAUUGUAUCUGCGUUCUUUGGAUAUCCAAUUUAUUUUAUUUGUUCAACAUCUAUUUAUUUCAACAAAUCUGGAGGAAGAAGCAGACUCCAUUCUCUUAUGGGUGCGGUUGUAAUAUCCUCUCUACUUGUUGUUGGAGGGCGGAUAAGAGAAAGUAUUCCUCUCAUUCUUUCCGGAACCAUCCCCAUGUUCAUAGGAUUUGGUUUCCUUUACUCGUACCUAUGGCUUCCAAUAUUCAAACUGUCAUGGAUGGACCUUGUGACACUAAUGCUAUCUGCCUUUGUGUCCUGGUACCUAACACCUAUAUCUGGGCUUGUGUUUGGAAUAGCUACUAAUCUCAUUUACAUUCUAAGAUCCUCUUUAGGUACGAACAAAUCUGAAGGUACAAAGGUAAAUCUCGAGUUAAAUGAAAAUGUAAAGUCAUCAAACGAAAUAGUAGAGGGAGAGGCGUAUAGAAUCGUGGAUAUUAGUUCCUUGACUUCGUUUGGAGACCUUAAUGAGUCUGUAAGGACGAUGAAGGUUCUUUGCCGGGAAAACAUUCUUUUCGACCUCAGAGGAUGUGGGCAUUUCGGAGUAAAUGCAAAUAUAGCCCUUGAGGAGGUAGCUGAAGCAAUAGUAAAUAAUGGAUACAAAGUGUUGAUAGUAGGAAGUCCAACCAAUCUGUAUACUCAUUUAUUCAGGAAAUACAUGAUUGACCCAUCUUCCACUACCUCAUUGGGUAAAUGA